AUGUCAAAAACAAACUACAAAUCAAAUCCAAGAAACUUCAAUCUAAUUCUGAUACAUAAUAUUGAAUAACACAGAUAUAAGCCAAGCUAUUAGCGAUAAAAAGAAAUAUCAAAGCAAAAUGAAACUCUUGUCACAAACAUGAUUAAAAUUCAUAGCAGAACUAACCAGCAUGAUGUUUAAUAGGAAACGAAGUUGACAUAUUUCAAUCAAUUCGAGCAAUAGUAAUUAGCCUAUAAGAGGGCCACUCGAAUUGUUGAAAGAAGGUCUUAGUCAAAGGACAAAGCCAUAAGUAGACUGGGAGCAAAUAAUUCUAAACUUGACUUAAACUCUUCAAUCCGCUCACAAAAAUCAGUCAAAAGCUUUUAACCUCAGAAUUAGGCUUAGACUCCUACAACGAAGAAAUUCUCGACCUUGUAACCUUAAUAAAGUAAUCUAAAAAUACGAAACAAAAGUGCUUUAUCUACAUCUUCAACAACAUAGAGGUUAAAGGGUCAAAAUAGUAUUCUGAUAGUUGAUUAGUCAGCAAGUAGGUCAAAUUAGAAACAGCAAAAGUCAUAAUCAUUUCUUGCAGACCAGAAGUCCUUUAAUACUACCCUAAAUAGGACAAUAAAUCAGAAUGAUCGCUCUAAAUCAUCAAUAAGAAGCAGCAAUUCCAAGUAGUCAAAUCUUUCUCUUAAACGCCCUAUUAGACCUGUAUUAAAGCCUCUAAAUCUCAAAUCAAAUAAGUUAAGCAAUACUAUGAGAAGUAAAAGUACCUAGAAUAAAUAGUUUAAAAUUCGAUCUAAAACACCAUUGAAUGUGACAGAAUAAAGAAAACAGCAAAUUCUCAAGAGCUUAAACGAUACCAAAUACAUGCUUGAACAACACUAAAUUGAAGAAAACCUGAAAUUUAAUUAAUUCGCAAUGACAAAUGCUUUCACAUACUUAAAAAAUAACCACAAACUGGACAGAAAGCAAAUCCUUAAGAAGAACAAAUAAGAAAUAUUUAUGGAAUGCGAUAAAAUAGAAUAAUCAAUGAAAAGCAUAAAAUUAGCAUGA